AUGGAGCGAACCGAGCGAAUAGACUUGGAAGACUCGCCCAGGGCUGUCGUCGAAGAAGAUGUUUUCGGGGACGGCUACUACGAAGACGAAAUAACAGAUCCGACGUGUCUGGAGGUGAUCACAGACACCUUUGAAGAACUGCGAUUGCCACCAGAACAAAUUGCCAAAGUGCAGGGUGGAUUCGCCCAGCUGGUGCAGAAUGCGGGCUCGCCGGAAGCAGCAGGCGAAGCUGUCUACUCCACGCUCUUCGAGGCCGCUCCGAGCCUACAGUCGCUGUGGACAACACCCAGGGCUGUUCAAGGGAUGAAGUUCGCCAACAGCCUUGCUCUCCUCAUCUCGAAACUUUCGUACCCGGAGGAGUUCAAGAACCUGGUGGACACUCUGGGGUUCCAGCAUUUGACAACAGAGGUCACGGUCCCACGUAUUGAGGUCUUCCGAGAUGCCCUUGUAGAGUUAUUUGCUGCGGACCUGGGCGACCUUUUCACAAUGGAUGUUCGGAUCGCGCUGUGCCGAAUGUUCAACUACAUCGGUGGGGCCUUCAUCUAUAUCCGCAGCAACUACUCGUCCCGCUUGAAACUGAUAUCGCAGUGUUGGACUUUGGCCAACAGCCAAAGGAAUGAAAUGGACGAAGAACCAGAAGAGACCCAAGAGUCCUCCGAGCACAAUCUGGAGAACAAAGAGGAGGAAGAUGGAAAGAAAGCUCAUGAGCGGCUGUACGCACAGUGGCUUGUGACCUUGUGUCACCCGAAUUCAAGCCUCGUGCAGCGACCGUGGCUCCGCGCAUUCUUGUUGCAGAUGGGAGUGUGCGUGGCGAAGCAAGCCACCACAAAAGAUGGCCAGAGUCCACAGGGCAACGAGUCAAAUGUGUCAAGAAAGACUUCCACCGACAACUUGACGAUUUCCUUGGACAGGGCCAAAGCUAUGUCCUUCAAUGCCGCAAGCACUCAUGCACGCUACCACAGCGCUGGUUCAGGUGGCCGCCAACUUGAGGAUGACUACGAGAUCUUUCCAAAGCGGGUGCUCGGUGAGGGCUGCAGUGGACUAGUCAUCAUGGCAAAAGGCCGCAAUGAUGGGCGCAAGUAUGCGCUGAAGCGGAUUCACAAGUUGAAAGUUCAACCGAAGGUGCUGAAGCAAUUGACUGCAGAAGUGGAGAUUUAUCUCAUGCUCGAUCAUCCGCACAUUGCGGCACUCAGGGACGUGUAUGAGACGGAAGCUGAGAUCGCACUGCUGACUGAGUGCUGCGAAGGGGGCGAGCUCUACUCUCGGCUGUCCAACUCCGGCACCUAUGCAGAAUCCGAUGCAGCAGGGGCCACGCAUCAAAUGCUGCUUGCUGUAGGCUACCUCCAUGCGCAUCAUGUAGUGCACAGAGACCUGAAGCUCGAAAACUUCCUGUACGAAACUCAAGAAGCGAACUCCGCGCUCAAGUUGAUCGACUUCGGCUUUGCCAAGAUUUGGGACCCUUCAACCUUGAUGUUGGCAUCCUGUGGUAGCAUUGCGUAUGUCAGCCCGGAUGUCUUGAAAGGAGAGGGCUACACGAGCAAGUGUGAUUUAUGGAGUCUGGGCGUGAUCGUUUUCAUGCUGCUUCCUGCAUGCAACAGGCUCGAACAUGUUUUUGUUGUAUGUUUUUUUGCUGUGUUCAUGUUCAGCGGUCAGAACAUGUCGGAACUGCUGAGGCUUGUUGGCUACCCACCUUUUCAUGGUAGCGAGAAGGACAUGCGCACAAAUAUAUUGGCUGCAAGUGUCGAUUGGAGCCAUAAGAGCAGAUGGCGCAAAGUGUCCGAGGAUGCGGUUGAUUUUGUCAAAUGUCUCUUAGUAAAAGACCCAGUUCAGAGAAUGGAUGUGGGACGGGCUCUCGAGCACAAGUGGCUGAAGCCUAAAAAUCUCAAGGAACCACAUCCGGUCCUGGACCGGGACUCCCUCAGAGCGCUUCGGCGCUAUGCAGACACCUCCAGAGUGCGUCGUGCUGUUCUGCAACUUCUGGCACAAGAACUCGCCCCGGAUGAAACAAAGGAUCUCCGGGACGUAUUCCUAAGCCUAGACAAAACAGGAGAAGGCACGAUCUCUCUUGGUGAGCUAAAGCAGGCGAUCCGUGGAGAGGCUGUUCCCGAGCUGCCCGAAGCCACGCCCGAAGCGCCUGGAAGUUCAUCUCCUAAGUCUCCCAAAACCCCGGCAGCUCGACUCCGACGGGCGAAGUCAGAAGUGAUAGGGAGCCUCUUUGAUGUUCUCGAUGCCAACGGUGACGAGCAGGUGUACUACUCAGAUUUCCUUGCGGCAACCAUGGAUGUGCGGAAGCAGCUGCGGCAGGAAGCCGUGUUGUCGGCUUUCAACCGUCUUGAUGCAGAUGGUUCUGGGACGAUCAGUCCAGAUGAUUUGCGGAAAGUCAUCGGUGAAACUUUUGAGGGUGUCAAUGUGGAGCUUCUUGUUCGUGAAGCUGAUGCAACCUGUCGGGGUGAGCUGACUUUUCAGGACUUUUUGAGUUUGCUUGAAGCAACUGAUGCCUCAGUGUCUCCGACUGGACGGCAGCGGGCCGGCAUUCAGCCAUCCUUCUACUUACAGCCUCAUGUGGUGCCAUGCAAGUCCAACCUUCUGACAGUCAAGAAAGCAGCACGGGAAGAGACCUCCCAGGAAGUUUCUAUGGAAGAAGGGCAUGGCAAGAAGUCAUCCGCCCGCCAAAGCUUGACCAGCAACAAGGUUCCGACAACCUUUCCUGAGAUGUUCAAGUUCAACGCGUCUGUCAUGGGGUACAAACAACAUGAGUGGAUGGGUGAGGUCUUGCAGGUGUUUGAUAACAUGGUGGUGAACUGCGGAGUUCCAUCCCGCCUGCUGGAAGAAGCCGACAUCCUUUCGCUAUCUCUGGCUAAACUACAUGGUAAAAUCGAUCUGCUCGAGUUCAAGGCGGUUAUGCUUGCGUCUUUACGCUCUCUUCUGCCCAAGACCUGGAAUUCCGAGUGCGAGGUCGCAUGGACUUGGCUAUGGGAAAACAUUCAAAAGAUGCUGAAGGCGAACAUGGGCAGGCCUGCUGUUCAACAGAAGGCCUUGCGCAAGUUUUUCAUGAACAUCGAAGAUCAGCAGUUGGCUGCUUACCGCACUGCGCUCUACACAGCAUUCUUCGCAAAGUGUGCGCAGGGCCAGGACUACUUUAAGCAGUCCUCCACCCGGCUUCACUUCAUAGCUGACCGAAUGCUCAUGUACACACAAGAUGUCUUCAAAGAUCCGAAGGGUGUCAUGGAAAGCCUUUCAGCUCUUGGGCUGAGACACGUCGGAUAUGGCAUUCCGACAGAGCUUUUCGGUCCGUUUGUCAGCUCCGCAAUUGAAUGCUUCCGUGGCAUGACGAAGGACGAACACCAGGAGGAAGCUUUUCGAUGGUCAUUGAAUUUGAUUUCGCGUGUCCUUGUUCGCACAAUCACUGAAGGCUCCACUUUGGUGAUGCGAGCCAUCAAUGCCAACUGUGCCAAGAUGCUGCGAAAGGCAGUGAGUUGCGCUCCCCGAGGCUUGCGUGCAGAGUGGAUGCUUAGGGUUCAAGUGGGCACCCAGUCCAUCUCUCCGCUUCUCUGGUCCAUCGAAAGUGGAAGCCUGGAGGCUGCCCAGGCCAUUCUCCUGGAUCUCCUUACGAUCCGUGCAGAUCGGGACCAUUAUUACUAUGCCAUGGAUGCACUUUUCAACAGACAUCCGGACAUCAUCCAGAGAAUCGGAGAAGAUGGCCCUGAGCUCCUACCCACCUUGCUGGAUGGCUUAAUCUGGCGGUCCCGGAACACGAGUGAUGGCACACGCCGGGUGAAUUUCUUCAUCAAGUAUCUCGUGGUGGAUCCCAAGGAUGGUUUCUCGCAGUCCUUCCGGGACGUCGUGGCCCAUGGCGACCCCACCAUAGCAUGCCAUCCAGCGGUGGUCCUUGCAGCAGAUAUCUUGUGGUCACAUGUGGUGGCUUACACAUUUCUGAUGAGCAAGCUUUGGUUUCUUCUGAAUUUGGUGGUGUUUGUGGUGACGAUGGCCAUAAUCACCGAUUAUUCAGACUCCGCAUCUUCUGUGUCCUUAUUGGGCAUGUUUAUUGGGCGGCUGUUCAUUUAUGUGUUUGGUUUCGGGCAGCUCGUCCUUCGGCAUUUAGUGCGGAUAGUUCGUGCCUGCCGAAAGAGGGAGGUGAGACGAGUUUGUUGCUUGCCCAUCCCCAGUUACUUGAUCCACUUCUCGGAGAGUCUGAGUGGAAUGCUGUGCAUCUCACUUGGAGGCAUGCUUUGCCAAGAACCUGUGCUGCACUGCCUUGGCAAGCGAGCACUCAGCGAUGUGCAAUUUGCGCAGUUCGGUGGCCAGUGUGCAGAAGCUGCAGCUUUGGUCCCAAGCUAUUCCAGCUUCGCAUUCGUGGCAACCUUGCUGUACUUUUUGCUGCUUUUGGAUCUGACGGUCUUUUCUACCAAGCUUUCCACGUUUGUCCUGGUAUGUGGUCGCAUGGUGCAAGAAGUCGCCCAAUACCUUUUUGCGCUUUCAUUCGUGGUCCUCACAUUUGCAUGUGGUUUGGCAUCCUCCGAUGUGGCCAACGAGCACUUCUCAGAAGUUCUUCCGGCCAUGCUCAGUCUGUCGCGAAUCAUGCUUGGCAUGUUCAGCAGUGAGGAGUUCCAACAUUUAGAGGAGGAGCCCAAGCUGCUGCUCUCUGUGAGUGUCUUUGUUAUUUGCACAACCAUCUUCCUGUUGAACUUGCUUAUUGCUCAGCUUAACUGUGCCUACUUUGGCAUCUUCAAAGAUAUGCUGGGCUUUGCAAGGCUCAACAGGGGAUCUGUAAUCUUGGACAACAUUCCACAUGUGUCGCCGAAGCGAUGGAAGACAUUCGUGGAUUCAUUGAAGAUGGAUGAGAAACUUGAGUUUAGCGAGGGCGACAUCGGCAUCGCCGGCGGGCUGCAGGUCCUUGAGCCUGCCAGUGCCAACCCGGUCACGACGGACUCCAUCAAACGAUACGGUGGAUCCACGUCUCGGGAGUGCCAGUGGCCGGAGACAGCCACCGACCUGGACUCUGAAGACAAGAUUGAUAGACUCGAAAGGGUCAUCGAUAAGGCGGUGAAGAAGAUCAUCAAAGGGACGAAAGCCAAGGGGUCCACGAUGGGAUCUUCGUCCAGCUCAAUGACAUCAUCGUCGAUGGGCGAUUCUUCACACGAGAACUAA